AUGCCUCGCUGGUUCAUCCAACACAGUCCCAACACCCUCACCGCCGAGGAGAAAUCCCACCUCGCGCAACAAAUCACCCAGGUCUACGUCGGCUUCGGUCUCCCCGCCUUCUACGUCCAAGUGCACUUCACCGAGCAGCCAGCCGGCACAUCCUUCAUCGGCGGCGAGCAGCACCCCAACUUCGUCGCGCUAACCGUCUACCACCUGGCGCGAACAAUGACCACCGACGAGCAGCGGCAGGGAUUCCUGAAACGCAUUGAUGCGGUCUUGACGCCCAUGUUUGAGCCCAAGGGGAUCGACUGGGAGUAUUUUGUUACGGAGACGCCGAGGGAUCUGUGGAAGAUCAAUGGGCUUGUGCCGCCGGCUGCUAAGUCCGAGGAGGAGAAGGUCUGGGUUAGGGAGAAUAAGGCCGUGAAGCUUUAG